UUUUCGGCCACACUAGUAAUUUCACGCCUCCUUGACAUGGAUUUAUCGCACUUGGAAAGCAUUUUGGGCAAGUUUCUAAUUGCCCAAGCAGAACGAGACGAGAAAUUGAGGGCAGAGCAAGCUGAGCGUGAUGAGAGACGAGGCGCAGAACAGGCUGAGCGUGACGAGAGACGAGACGCAGAACAGGCAAAGCGCGAUGAAAGGUUAAUGAACCUCCUUGUGGCUCUCAAUAACAAGGGGCCAGCCAGUAGUACCAACGUAAGAAGGGGACGGGACUCUGGUCACAGCUCACAGGUAGGUCCAAAAAUGGCUAAGAACACAUCUGGUCAGCAAGGUGGUCAGCUAUCUAAGGGCCACAAAAGAGGAUCACGAAACACAAGCAGUAUCACUGAUAGACGCUCAACCUACGCGAGGGGCGAAAUAUCCUCGCACAAGCCGGGCAAGAUCAAGGACAUGUAUCAGUAUCGGGGCGCAAAAUGCAAGAGGGAGUGGCUUGCCAUAACUACUCGCAGUAGUAUACUGGUGGACUUAAAGACCAGCCUUGCUUAUGGUGACCCCCUGCCUGAUGGCACCGAUCUUGUCACCAAUAUUAUUUCCAAAUUCGAGAGGCGGUACCGCAGCCACACUCCAAGAGCUGGAAUCCCCAAUGUGCUCGAGGGUAAGGGGCUGCACAAAGAAGAUUCGGUCGAAGCCGGGUUCGCACUCCUCCUCCAGAGCAUUGUCGAGGAGCUCGACAAAUCGGUCCCCGGUGCGCGUACUUUGGGUUACCUGGUGACAUCGAACAAGGAAAUCGAUGGGAAAGGUAAGCCGGACAUUAGCAUAGUUCCGACGGGAUGGUGCGAAAAUGAGCAUGUCAGGUGGCAUGACAUGGCUUCAUUCGUCGAGCUUAAGGGAGCGCGUAUACCAGCUACGGAUACGAAAAGCCAUGGCCAACUCUCAACUUACCUUCUCCGCAUGUGGGAGAGCUACUGGCGAAUCCAUUGCGUCGGAAUGAUGGUGAUUGAGGGCAAGCUCUGGGCCUUCUCCAACACACGCGGUGGCAUCUGCAAAGCAGAGGUUGGUAAGCUGCCGUUCAUAAAGUACAGCGACGAUACGGCUAAACGUUCCAAGGGCAUCGGGCACUGUGUGCUCUCCAUGGACCAAGCGGGCGAAAUCUCCCAGCCCUCCAACGUGGAUGCCUGCAAAGAUACUGUACGAUUCCUCUUGACCAUAUUUACUCUGCCUAUUAGCCACUUUGGAUGGCUUUUCCCCUGUGAGAGGAACUGUGUUUCCCCCUUCACAUUCGUGAAGCCGAUCGUUGUUGCUCCUGUGGAACCUCUGUGGAUGAUUCAGCCUAGCGCUAUUUCUGAUCCCUUCGGCGCUGCAGCUACAUCGAGCCGCCUUGAGUCUAUAACCAUCACGCCUCUCAUUGGCAGGUCGGAGCUAUUGGGGCGCUGCCAACGGCCAGUCGGCACAAUCUCGUGGGGCUGUAAAGCCAUUUCGAAUACUACUGGUAGCGAGACCCCCUGCUUCCUCAAAGUGCUAUGGGGCAAGAGUCGUCUUCUACGCGAGUCGUAUAUCUAUGAGCAGCUGGCUCUAGCCGGCGUUCCACACACGCCAAAGGUACACUGGCAUGGGCAAUUUGCCCACAUAGGUGGUGUCAACGCGAAUAUCGGAUCGAUGCGAGGUGAAGCCUAUCUCAUGGAGGACUGUGGGGAUACAAUCGACGAGUUCGUCGCUAAUAUUAAGGCGCACUCUGCCGAUGAGUGGCGCUUGGUCAACGUCGCUGCUGGAUAUCUCCACACCCUAUUUGCUGCAUCGGCUGGCGAGCCCUCAACGAUCCACCGCGACAUCUCAUCAGGCAACUUGCUGGUACGCAACGGGAAGCGGUGUGCUGAUGAUGAGCCAUUUGUUAUUGACUGGGAGUUUGCACUCAUUCUAUGCGAUGGCCGCCGUGUAAAUGAUGUUGGCGUAGUUGCGAUCACUGGGACGAGGGUUUACAUGGGAUGGCGCGUUCUCAGUGGCACGGAAUGGAGGUCGCUGGUCGACGAUAUCGAGUCUAUGUUUCUCACACUCUUCCACGCGAUCUACAAGGUAUUCCCUAACACCAGCAGGAGCAAAUCGGAAAUGGAUGCCAUCUGGGGCAACAGCGUUGAUGACAAGGAGCUGCUGCACAAACGCGAGGACUGGCUCCAAACCGAGAAGAGUUGCAUGGCAUAUAUCUCCGAGAGGUGCCACACAAGUUGGCGCAAGUUACUUGGGCUCUUUUAUCGUUUGCUAUUCAGCGAACACAAGCCAGGUACUACCCUCAAUAUUAAGGAUAGAGAUCCGCGCCUGGAGUCAACCGCAAUCCACGACUGGGUGACUGGUCUGGCCGAGAUCCUCGGUGAUCUGGUUGGGAGUUCAACGCAUUUCCACAGCUUUAAAAGCUACGCGGCAUUGCCUGAAUAUGAGGAUUGGUGUAUCCGGAAGUUUGCUCAGGAAAACGCCGGCCCAGCUAACGCCGGGGGCAACGACAGUGACGAUAGUGACAACAGCGAUGACGGCGACAGCAAUGAUUCAGACGAUGGCGACGACACGAAUGAGCCAGAUCCGAAACGCCAGAAGGUUUAGCGCUAUAUAUUUGCAGUGGUUUUGUGUAAAAGAGGAAUCUAAUAUUGUUGCGCACCUAGCAACAAUACCACCGGUGGUAUUGUCACCGUGGACACCCACAGUGAUGCCAACAUAGGGACUGACAAGGAGCCCAUGUGCCCACCCUUCUCAGGAAUGCACCAUUAUGCUACAGGCCUGAAAGGGGUGCAGCUCUAGCAUUUGGUAUCUUUUCUAUUAUCUUUUUAGUUUCGAAUAUCUGCUUUUUCCUUCUAAAUAUUUUCGCAUGCUAUUGCCUUCAC